UAAGUUAUUUUCCUUUCUCUGCCUUCUCACGGGACCUGUCUUUGUAGAUAAUAGCUGACAGUCACUUAUUUAACACCUUGAGAAAUUCUUGAAGUACACACUGAGCUCCACCCAUCAUCAGGAACCACCUCCCCGUUCUCUUCCAGUGCACCUACAGCAUAAAUAUGCUUGAAAACCAGCUCAUGUUAAGCUUUGGAGCCCGAUAACAGCAGAGACUUCUCUGUUAAAAGCAACACACAGAAACAGGAUGAGCUGUGGAGGAUGGUCAGGGCCAAAACCCGCAGAUGGGGAUGUGUGCAUGCUUACUAAAUGGAUGUGGAACCAAUCAGAGAGAAAAACAGACAGAAGGUACAAGGAAUUCAAUGCAGUUGAAUACCGGUCACAGGUUGUGGCAGGGUAUAACUAUGUCAUCAAGGUUCAGGUUGGAGGAAAUGACUAUGUUCAUCUGAUGAUCUUCCAAAGCCUUGUGCAUGACGACAAAAUUACAAUAGAAUUUCUAGGAGUGCGUGGUGGCUACAAACGAGAAGAUCCUCUUGUACCAUUCUAGAUAACCAGCAAAAGUGAAAACGACCUGAGGCCUAUUUCACAAAAGCAUCCCCAGAUUUCUACAAAAGACCAUAAGGUCGAUCACAGAUUCACUGAUGGCACAAUGGAUCAGUUGCAUGCGCCAAUCUUCAAACAACAUCUUUUGAUGGAGCCUUAUGAGAAAUUUAAGCGCAUCAGGCUCAAGAAAGGAAACACUGCUGCUAUUAUUAAAGUAAAACACAUUUGUUUGGAGCUAUUUCUGUUGCAAAAGAAAAAAAACGUUUAACCAUUUUCUCUGAUCUAUCCAAUUCUGACUCUAGAGGGCGCUGUUUCGCUGACUCUUCCAUAACUCCUGAAGCAGUCGAGCGGUACAAGGGAUGAACCUUUUUCAGCAGUCUUUGCAAAAACAAUGUUCAACUCAUAUCAGAUUUUAUUAGUGGCAUUAAUUAUUAAUACACAUAUUGUUUGAAUUGAAAACACUAAAUAUAGACAAAACAAAUUGAAAGAAGUUAAUGUAGGAUAUCUGACAUUCAAUGAAA